AUGAAUCCAACUGCUCAGUCCAAUUAUGGGUUGGAAAUAAUCGAGUGGAGACAUUUAGAUAAAUACAGCUUAUCAACAUAUAUAUUUACCUCAUCAUGCAGCAUACGAUUCUUGAUAUAUCCAUUUAAUUUUGUCAAAUCACGUUUGCAACUGCAAAAGCAAAAUACAGUUUACAGAGGAGUGAGACAUGCAUUAGUGCACAUUAUCCAAAAUGAGGGUUUGCGCGGUUUGUAUAGGGGUUACUUAAUGACAGUCCCACAGAAUGUUGCGCCAUUGAUAUAUUGUAAUGCUUACGAGAAAACACGUGAGUCGCUGAAAUUUCAUCUGGGUUUAUCAUCUGACAAAUUGGUUUCUUCCUUAGCCGGUGGUACUGUAUCGCUUUUAACUCAAAUAAUCUUUGUUCCAACAGAUAUUACUUCUCAAUAUAUGAUUAUUUACAACAACCCUUCUGCUUUUAUUGGUGAACCUCAUCAUGCUGCUGUCUUGAACUACAUUCAUCGAAAUAAGGCUAAAUUAUCGUCGAGACCUGCUUUUCAAAUUCUCAACGCUUUAUAUCAUGUUGAUGGUUGUCGUGGUUUUUUCAGAGGUUACAUAGCCUCAACAGCAUUGGGAAUAUCUGCUGGGUCAUUGUUUUGGACAGUAUAUUAUACAUGCCUGGAAAGUAUUCGAUGGUGUAGGAGAAAAUUUCUUCAUAGUUUACUUGGAUAUGACAAAGACGGACAUCCUUAUCUUUUAUUGGACCAAGGAGUAGCUGCAGCGACAUCUUCUAUAGUAGCGACAGCGCUAACAAAUCCCUUAGAAAUAUUGCGAUUACGUGCACAGGUUCAACGUGCAUCCUAUGCAGGUACUAUUAAAACGAUGUGGUUCGAUGAGAGAUACAGGAUAAUAACAAAAGGUCUUUUACCACGGAUGAUUAAUAGCUGUAUAUACACGACGGCAACGAUGAUGGUUUACGAAACUUUGAAAAAAGUUUGCGUAUUACCGGAAUAUCAGGGCCGAGUGAUUUGGUGA